UCGCAGUACAUAGAUUGUAGACGGUAAUUAAUUUGAUCACGUGUGCUCUGAGAAGCUGAAUUGAAUGGAGCUGCAACUCAUGAUGGACGGCGGCGCGGAAACCCUGCACGGAGCAAUGUGGUUCUCCAAUACGUCUCCGUCAUACGAGCAAUUGUCACCAGUUCGUUCAAACAGGUGUGACAUUGUAGCCGCCCCUCAACAGACCGCAAUAGAAUAUCAUAGUCCGCAAAAUUCUCUUUGGCAAGAUAAACACAAUUCGCCGAAAAAUUCGCCGAGUGGCGGUGAUCAGAUACAUUUGAAUGGUGGUUCGCCGCAACUCUCGCCUUCCGGAUCAUCCCCGAAUUGCGAACAAAACAAUUUGAAACGCCGUUCCACGGAACCGUUGCAGCACAUCACGGAACUUGAAAAGAAACACAUUAGAAGAGAUGGAUCCAUCGGAAGCAAUGGCUCCGGCCAAGGCUGGUCCACGCAAGUGGAGGAACUCGCGGAGCACCUUGCCGCUGAUUUUGAUGGAUCGUUAUCCGCUCUUACGGCAUCUGAUCUAGCAACAGCUGUCGCCUCUUAUACUAUGAGCGAAGCCCUUCUCACUUUGCCAUCAUUAACAGUUUUCAAGCAGGAAGCACCUUCGCCUGAGAAUCAACACAACAACCCCAAUUUAAAUCACGUGUCGCAAAGGGCGAUCAACACAGUGCCGACCAGCAAUGGAAAUGUCGGCACCGUCGAGGCUGAUAGCAACAACAAUGGACAAACCGCCACUAGCCUCCACCAACUCUUGUAUUCCUCUAAUGAGGAAUACCCGCCGACUUCGACAGCGACCAACCACGUAUCUUCUUCCCAGCAAGGAAACGAAUUGAACGAGGAUUGCCGUUUUCAGUACGUCUUAGCAGCUGCUACUAGUAUCGCCACCAAAGUUAACGAAGAAACGCUGACAUAUCUAAACCAGGGACAAUCGUAUGAGAUCAAGCUGAAAAAAUUGGGCGAUUUGUCCGCUUAUCGCGGGAAGAUUUUGAAGGGACAUUCAACCUUUCUGUUCCAGUCGACGAUUCGCAUUUGCUUCCACGAGAGACGUCUGCAGUAUACGGAGCGGGAACAGAUGCUUGCCUGGCAACGUGCUAGGCCGGGAGAGAGAUUGUUGGAGGUUGACGUUCCUCUCAGUUACGGGAUGGUGGAUGUCUGUCAACCGUCACCAUCCAACAACAGUGUGGAGUUCAUGUGGGAUCCCACGAAAGAAGUCGGCGUUUAUAUCAAAGUCAACUGCAUAAGCACUGAAUUCACACCAAAAAAACAUGGUGGCGAGAAGGGUGUUCCCUUCCGAAUUCAAGUAGAAACUCGAUUGCCAGGAGGACCACGUUUGCAUGCCGCCUCAUGUCAAGUAAAAGUCUUUAAAUUAAAGGGAGCGGAUCGCAAGCAUAAGCAAGAUCGUGACAAGAUACUGAGACGUCCUCCCCACGAACAGGACAAAUAUCAGCCCAGCUACGAUUGUACUGUCCUAUCUGAUAUUCCUUUGGAAUCCUUAUCGUCCUCAAACUUGCCGACGCAAAAUAGUGGAAGCCCAUACGCCUCGACGGACGCAAUAUCACCGCAAACACGCACAGCCAUCGGUGGCAAUACCUCUCCAGUAGUCGCUCCGUUGGCGCUUUCAGUCUCCAAUUCCGGUAUCGUACCAUUGGUUCCGGCUUCGGACGCCGUGAAGGAAAAUGUUGGAACAGCGCCGGCCUUACCAUCGCCCGCAGCCAUACUGCCGGAUCAACCUUGUGUUGAAGAUGAUGGUAACCCAUGUCUUACCGAAUUAUCGCCCGACGCAAAUGCCACGCAGACAACCGCGUGGCUUCGCGCCAGCCGAUUCAACGCGUUCGAGUCAACAUUCGCGAGUUUCUCUGCAUCGGAUAUUUUACGUUUGUCUCGAGAGGAUCUCAUCCAAAUCUGUGGCGUGGCAGACGGCAUUCGACUGUUCAACACGUUGCAUUCCAAAGCUCCGACUCCGAAGCUCACCCUUUAUUUCUCGUUGGAAGGCAACAGUUCGCUCUGGAGAGUCGCCUACCUCGACAGUUUGACAAGCACCGCACUCACAAACAAGUUGCUCAACACUUUAAACUUGCCCCACGACCGAUUGCACUCAAUACUGUUUCUAGGACCACAGGGUAUACACGUGAUGGUCACCGACGAGCUGGUAGCGAACAUGAAAGACGAGAGUAUGUAUUUCGUCGAGACUAUCAAAGAUUCGGCUAGCGAGCGUUACAAGUUGUUAAUAAAGUCAAAAAUCAUUUAAAUUUCUGUAGAUUUCUCAUUUAUAAAUAUUUUCAUUAAUGUAUGUAUAUAUAAUAAGAAAAAGCGAGACAAGGAGGAAAUUAUUAUUGAUGAGAAUGUUCAAAAAAUUAUCAUAUACUUAAUAAAAUAUCUUACAUAAAAUAAUAUUGAAAAUUAUUAGAUUUUUUAAAAGAGCCAAUUAAGAUCUUAACAUUAAGAAUUAACGAUUUGUUAAUAUAUUUACAAUAAAUAUAACUGAAUACAAAAGUGAACUCUAUAUACAUAUAAUAUGUAUUAUAAUGAAAUGCAUAUUUUAAAUACGUAUUAUGAAAAAUUAUAAUAAAAAUUAUCUUUGUAUUCAGAAAAUUAUUUUUUCACGUCAUAUGUUGAUAUGUAUAUAUAUAUAUACAUAUACAUAUAUACUUUCAUAAAAGAUUUGCGGUAUUAUAGUUAUUUUAUACCUAUAACAUUAAUUACCUAGACCGCGUAGACAUUCAAUAGACAUUCAGAUUUGGUUUCAGUUUAAUUUACGCGUCCAUGGACGAAUGUUUUAAAAACGUACAAAGAAUAUUUACAUUUGAACAUUUUGAAAAUGUUUAUCUUAUGCAAAUAAUUUUCUAAGUCUGCUCGCAAUAUAUUACUUUAGCUGACUUGAUAAACGAAAUUUUUUUUGAGAGCACACAAGAAGUUUUGCUUUCGUAAAAAGCACAUUCACACAUUCACACACCGCGUGAAUUUAGUAAAUUUUUUGUUACCAGAGAGAAUAAAAUAAAGAGUUUCUCAAAAUAAUUAUCUCAAUCUGUUUAAAGUACAAACUUUUAGUCGUCCAGUCACAAAACGCGAGAAUGCUAUUAAAUUUUAUACUUUAAAAUUUGACAUAAGCUACUUAAGUAAAAUUGUCAAAUCAUACAUCUUCAUUAUUUGAGAAAUGUCGAGCUUUUGUCGAAUUUUGAAGUGUAUAGAAUUUAAUAGCAAUGUCGUGCUUUGAGACUGGAUUACAUUCACAAUUUUUAGACUACAAACCAGAUAAAUUUUAUAGAUUUUUUAUCAUUGGAAACAAAUUUGCAAACGAAAUUCCUGUAUCACGUCAUAUUUCAGUAAAUUAGACUUAAAGUUACCAAAAAUAGCACUUUUGAGCUAAAAUACAUAGUUCAAAAAUGUGACGUGAUAGAGCAGUUUUAUUUGCGGAAUUAUUUUCAGCGAUAAGAAAUCUACAAAAAUUAUUUCACCUGGAUUGUGAUGUAAAAUUCGUGUCACACAGUGAUAUUAUUAGACUAGCUACUUGAUCUACUUGAAUUUGUUUAAAUAUAUUCAUUUAGUCCUAAAAUGGACGUUUUUAAAAAGUCCAAAAUGGUAACACUGAAUAUUUUUAAGGAUCUAAUUUGAAUGUUUUUAAUAUGUACAAAACGUCCAAAGUGAACAUUUUAAAUGUAUUUUUAAAACGUUACUGUGCUGUCUGGAUAUAUCCGUAUAUCAAGUCACAUCUAAUUGUUGAGACAUACUCAUAUAUACAUAUAUAACAAUUGUGUUUCAACAAUUAUAUAUAAACAUACAUGUAUGCAAGUUACAUGCAAGUACAAUAUUUUUUAAAUAUAAUGCGCUUUUUUACUAAUUAUUGUUAUGUUGUACAUAUCUCGAUCAGUUAAAAGCAAGCAAACUUUUUAAGUGCCCGUUUUAUAUGUAUGCAAAUGUGUGCUAAUCAAGUUUAUAUAAGCUAUUAUAAUUAAAAUACUCGAUAACUUUUAACGACUUUUAAUUUAAAAUUGUACUCGUUAAGGGAAAUUAUGAAAUACUAAUUUCACAAUUGUUUAGAAGAGUAUAGAAUUUAUGUAUUAUUUCAUCCGUUUUUGUAUAUUUACGAGUACUUGAACCAAGUUACUUCAGCAAGAACAAGAGAUAUAAAUUUGAGAUUUUGUACAUUUGCACGGUUAUGGCAUCUGAGAUUAUUAAUAUUUUGAGUUUGUAAUAGAUAUGAAAACGCAUCUUUUCGAACAAUUGUUCAAAUGUGUAAAGAUGCGGACAUGCAAGAUUACGAUUACUAUAUUAUAAAUCAUACACUUACGAAGAAAAGUAUUUAACGUGGAUAUUCUGUAUAUACAAAUUCUCAGCAAAGAUCAAGUAAGGAAUAGGAAGAUAAAGAGAUUACGUAACAAAGAGUACGAUUUAUACAUAUAUCAUCUUUCAGUACAAUUUAUGAAAACAAUUGGUUUUCGACAUAUGUGCCACGCUAAAAAUAAGUAUAACGUUUUUAUUUUGUAUAUAAUUGUUACUGUUUUUGUUGACUUAACAAUUUCUGUUUAAAUUAGAUAUAGAUCCUUCUAUUUUGAUAAAUUUUUAACAUGUGAACAUUAUUAUUAAAAAUAAAAAGAAGUGACGUUGAUAAUUAAUAAAGGAAACGUAAAAUAUUAAUAAAAUUAAAGUAAAAAGUUAAAACUAGUAUGAUUUAUAUUAAAACGUUCAAAUUUUUAAGAAUUAAUUUAGUGCCUUGUUAAUAAUGUGCCAAUAUAGACAUAUUUAUUUGAUAAGUAUUUGAAACAAAGUAGAUAUAUGUAUAUGAACUUAUAAAUAAAAUAUAUUAUCAUUUUUCUAACGCAAAUAUAUUAUGAUAUGGGAAGAAAUGGGAUUUUUAUAUUAAUAUUUUUGAGAUUAUAAAAUGUUAAAAAUUUUAUAAAAUAUUAAAAUACAGUUGUAUAUAGAUUCUUCAUAUAUUACAUUUUAUGCAAAUAUCAAUGCAGCUUAUUAUAUAAUAGCUAAUGCCUGUUGAAUAAUGCGUUAAGAUUUUACUGAAAAAUGUGAUUGUGCGUUUCCAUGUGAAGAAUGUGAAGUAAUUAUACGUUUUAUAACGUAUAACAAAAAGUACAUUAAAGAAUUAUUAACUAACAAGUAUAAUUUUUAAUACUACGAAGAAUCGUACUUGUAGUUGGCAAUGCUCACUGCGAUUUUAUCGCAUGAUAUCAAUUAUGACAAAUUUAAUAUUAUAACGUAAUUAUAUAAUAAAUAAGUAUAAACAUAUGUUAUUUGGUAAUACAGUUUAUUUUUUUCUGUUAUAAUUUAAUGGAAAAUAUGUUGACUUUUUGCGAAAGCGACAAUGUAUAUGCCGGUUUAUGUUAAUUUUGUUGUAUACCUCAUAUAAAUGUUUAAGUUUAUGAAUGGCACACAAUAAAUACUUCUUGAUGCCAA